UUUGUGGCUGUGGUAACUAGUGAGGACCCCCCCAACUGAACCCUUCAACAGAGAACCAAAAAAAUGGCGGAAGCACCUCCAUGGCCCAGCCGGUUUUUCUGUCACAGAUGUUCGGAAGAGAUCAGCCCUCGUCUCCCCGUAAGUAACGUUGACAAGAAGCAAGAAGUGAAAGACAAUUGGUCUAGCAGAGUAGAUAUAUUGUUGUUGGUCUUGAACGUUUGGAGUCCUUAGCAUUUAUAGCUAGCUGGCUAGCUAAGCCCUUCAUAUAUACACGUUCAUUGAGCUAAGCUAACCAGAUUGUCCAUGUUUUGCAGCUGACCGUUAGCUGGCUAAGGAGAACUAGCCUAGUUAGCUCAUAUUUUAAGAUAGAAAGAUAGCUUGUAAAAUCAGAGACUAAUUAGUUCGCUAGCUAACUAAGCGUAUCUGAUGUGUUUCUCGGUCAAGCUAGCUAGCUAGACUAUGUUCUGUUGCGUCGUUUGUAGCUAACAUUAGCUAGCUAGUUCGCCUGGUUGUGUGCGUGCUAACGUUAACCAGCUUUACUUAGCUAGGGCAUGAAAUUAACUUGACAACAAUUAUUGUAUACUCACAACUCAUUAUUAAUCUAUGCAAGAUUUAAAUGUGAACAACAUAGCUAGUUAGCUACCUAGAAAUCUGACAACACAUGGGACAAACACUCUUAGCCAAGGAAUGCAUCAGCAAUGCUUGGCAAUGGCAUGUGAUGACAGUUGCAUCCAGAUUAGUCAUAAAUUAUUUCUAAAGGAUUCAAUUCAGUAACCAAACAUAAUGUAGGCAUCAGCUAAAGCAGAGGGAGAUUUGUAUUUAGUUAACGUUAGUCAUAUGAGAUGUUGAUUUUUCCUGCAUCUUCAAAGAACAAUUUAUGGUAAAAUAUUUCCAUGAUGAUGGCAUUUAUGUUUUCUGUAGAAAGCAUAGACAUGUAGAGGAGAGAGGUUGGUCAUUUGCUGGCAGAUUCCAAUGCCAAACCUAAAAUAUUAUGUCUCGUGUUGAAAUUCUAGUCACAGCGACAAUGGCACAGUGCAUUCUUUCUUGCUGUGUGUGUGUGCCAUUCAGUAGUCACACCAGCAUAGCAGUCAGGUGCUGGAAUGAUCUGUCAUAGAAUACUAAAGGUGUCACUCACAAUGAAACAUGUUAAUCAGUAGGCUUUCCCCAGUUUGCUGGUAAUGAACACUGAAUUAAAUACUGAACACAAUUCAACUCCUUCAGGAUUAUUUUCUUGAUUGUUCUUAACAGUGUAUUUUAAUUGGGUUAUCAUCUCCUUUUUGUCAUUUUGUUCUCUGUCAAGUUGGCCACACACAUAGUUGAAUGUAGUAAAGUAGGGAUUCAAUAGCUGAUUGCUAGCCUGUUUGUGGUAGAGUGAAUGCAAAAAUGACACCUAAAGGCAUUGUAAUAUUUGUUUGCAGGAUUACACAUGUCCUCGGUGUGAAUCUGGCUUCAUCGAGGAACUGCUGGAGGAGAGACGGUUUGUUGAAUGUGUGACGUCAAAGCAAGCAUUCUGUUGACAUUCUGAUUAAAGAUGUCAGCAACCUUGUCACUAGAUUUUGUCACUUGGCGUCACUUAACUUUUCACCUAUGAUUACACCACUAUGGUCAAGAGGGUGUGCACAAAUUUUAAUAAAAUCUCUCUCCAAAAAUGCUAACUGUUUUCUAUGUUUCUCUUCCUGAACAGCAGUGAAAAUGGGUCCACAUCCACCAUCUCCAGCGGUGACCAGAACCAACAGCCAUUUGAGGUUUUUCAGCUUAUUUACUCUACUUAUUGAGAAACACAGGCUAGACCAUGAUAUUGUUAUUUUAGCAAACAAAGAACAAACAAAGAAACACACCUUCAUGCAUUCUGGAAUGAUUUCUUCAGGUAAAAUCAGACCUGGUUUUUGACAUAGGCCUAGUUGGGAUUUCUGUUGACUAUAAACAUUGAAUAGUAUGUACAGAAAGAACUCCAAGUAAUUUAUGAAUGCGUCUGUUUGUGAAACGUCCUUUUCUUGUAGAAUGUGGACCCUUCAAAUAUGUUUACAUUCCCCUCGGGUUACGGCCAGUUUGCUAUGGGUGUCUUUGACGACUCCUUUGACUUCGGUGUGGGAUUGGGAGGAGCAGGGCUAGGAGGAGCAGGGUUCGGAACAGAGGACAACCGCGACGCAGAGAACCGGCGAGAACGGGAGAUGGCAUCACGGCAGCGAUACAGCGCCAGGCAACCUCGCGGUCGCCAUGGCGUUAGGAGGCAGGCAGGGAGACCUGAGGGAGUGCCCACUUUAGAGGGGUAAGCUCAGUGACUUGUGGGACCUUUUUAACUUUUCCAUGAUUCACAUUAUGUUCCCAGUGAUAGACUUGUCUCUUUUCUUCUGAGCUUUGAUGACAUAGCUUGUCGCCCAUGUUCUAUGUAGGCAAUGAUGAAGUUAGGUCUUAUUUUUGGAUGCAUGCAGAACAUAACCAAAAUGUUAUGUCCUCUUGUAGAAUCAUUCAGCAGCUAGUGAAUGGAAUAAUCGCCCCUACAGCAGUGCCAAAUAUUGGUGUGGGACCCUGGUGAGUUCAACUUAGUCUAUGACCUAUUGUUUUUAUGUAAAACUUUGAAGUUUUCCAACUGACUCUUUGUAUUCCAGCUGACUUUUGUUUGUUUAUCUUAAUUAUAGGGGCGUGCUUCACUCAAACCCCAUGGAUUACGCCUGGGGUGCCAACGGACUAGAUGCAAUCAUUACACAGGUACGUAGUGACUGUUUACCACGCACAUUAUUAAACAUUUCUAAAUUAACUGUCAAACUCAACAACAAAAAACACCUGCAUAUAUGGAUUGUGAAAAUAUUAUUUGUUUGGUUAGCAUGAUCCACACAGUAUAAAAUAAAUGUGUAGUUUUUUGUGUCCCAUAGUUAUUAAAUCAGUUUGAGAACACUGGCCCUCCGCCAGCUGAUGGGGACAAAAUCAAGAGCCUUCCCACAAUCCUAAUCACACAGGAGCAUGUAGGUAAGUGACCCUGAACAUCAACACGCACGCACACAACAGUCACACACAGCACAGUCAAGUGCAUCACCUCAGGCCCUGUGGGCUGGACUUGUUGUGGUCUUGCUCAUUUUAUAUGAAAAUCAGCAGGUCAUAGGGUUUGGGGGUGUUUUUAAGCCUUUGUUGAACACAUUUACAUCUUGAAUUUGUUUUUCUGUUUUCAGGCUCAGGUCUAGAAUGUCCAGUGUGUAAAGAAGACUACAGUGCUGGAGAAAACGUUAGGCAACUUCCAUGUAAUCAUUUGUUUCACAAUGAUUGCAUCGUACCCUGGCUAGAACAGGUAAGACCUUUCCACUCAUACAAUUGCUUGUGAAAGUAUUCACCCCUCUUGGCAUUUUUCCUAUUUUGUUGCCUUAAAACUUGGAAUUAAAAUGAAUUUUUGGGGGGUUUGUAUAAUUAGAUUUACACUACAUGCCUACCACUUUGAAGAUGCAAAAUAUUUUUUUUGUGAAACAAACAAGAAAUAAGAUAAAACAACAGAACUUGAGCGUGCAUAACUAUUCACCCCCCCCCCCCCCCCCCCCCCCCCCCAAAAAAAAAUAGUAUAUACUUUGUAGAGCCACCUUUUGCAGCAAUUACUGCUGCAAGUCUCUUGGGGUAUGUCUCUAUAAGCUUGGCACAUCUAGCCACUGGGAUUUUUGCCCAUUCUUCAAGGCAAAACUGCUCCAGCUCCUUCAAGUUGGAUGGGUUCUGCUGGUGUACAGCAAUAUUUGUCAUAACACAGAUUCUCAAUUGGAUUGAGGUCUGGGCUUUGACUAGGCCAUUCCAAGACAUUUAAAUGUUUCCCCUUAAACCACUUGAGAGUUGCUUUAGCAGUAUGCUUAGGGACAUUGUCCUACUGGAAGGUGAACCUCCGUCCCAGUCUCAAAUCUCUGGAAAACUGAAACAGGUUUCCCUCAAUAAUUUCCCGUAUUUAGCGCCAUCCAUCAUUCCUUCAAUUCAGACCAAUUUCCCCAUCCCUGCCGAUUAGAAACAUCCCCACAACAUGAUGCUGCCACCACCAUGCUUCACUGUGGUGAUAGUGUUCUCGGGGUGAUGAGAGGUGUUGGAUUUGCGCCAGAAAUUGCGUUUUCCUUGAUGGCCAAAAAGCUCUGUUUUAGUCUCAUCUGACCAGAGUACCUUCUUCCAUAUGUUUGGGGAGUCUCCCACAUGCCUUUUGACGAACACCAAAUGUGUUUGCUUUAUUUUUUUUGGCCACUCUUCCGUAAAGCCCAGCUCUGUGGAGUGUUCGGCUUAAAGUGGUCCUAUGGACAGCUACUCCAAUCUCCGCUGUGGCGCUUUGCAGCUCCUUCAGGGUUAUCUUUGGUCUCUUUGUUGCCUCUGAUUAAUGCCCUCCUUGCCUAUAUAUACACACACACACACACACACACAGUGGGGAGAACAAGUAUUUGAUACACUGCCGAUUUUGCAGGUUUUCCUACUUACAAAGCAUGUAGAGGUCUGUAAUUUUUAUCAUAGGUACACUUCAACUGUGAGAGACGGAAUCUAAAAAUCAAAAAUCCAGAAAAUCACAUUGUAUGAUUUUUAAGUAAUUAAUUUGCAUUUUAUUGCAUGACAUAAGUAUCAGAAAAGCAUAACUUAAUAUUUGGUACAUAAACCUUUGUUUGCAAUUACAGAGAUCAUACGUUUCCUGUAGGUCUUGACCAGGUUUGCACAUACUGCAGCAGGGAUUUUGGCCCACUCCUCCAUACAGACCUUCUCCAGAUCCUUCAGGUUUCGGGGCUGUCGCUGGGCAAUACGGACUUUCAGCUCCCUCCAAAGAUUUUCUAUUAGGUUCAGGUCUGGAGACUGGCUAGGCCACUCCAGGACCUUGAGAUGCUUCUUACGGAGCCACUCCUUAGUUGCCCUGGCUGUGUGUUUCGGGUUGUUGUCAUGCUGGAAGACCCAGCCACGACCCAUCUUCAAUGCUCUUACUGAGGGAAGGAGGUUGUUGGCCAAGAUAUCGCGAUACAUGGCCCCAUCCAUCCUCCCCUCAAUACGGUGCAGUCGUCCUGUCCCCUUUGCAGAAAAGCAUCCCCAAAGAAUGAUGUUUCCACCUCCAUGCUUCACGGUUGGGAUGGUGUUCUUGGGGUUGUACUCAUCCUUCUUCUUCCUCCAAACACAGCGAGUGGAGUUUAGACCAAAAAGCUAUAUUUUUGUCUCAUCAGACCACAUGACCUUCUCCCAUUCCUCCUCUGGAUCAUCGGCAAACUUCAGACCGGCCUGGACAUGCGCUGGCUUGAGCAGGGGGACCUUGCGUGCGCUGCAGGAUUUUAAUCCAUGACGGCGUAGUGUGUUACUAAUGGUUUUCUUUGAGACUGUGGUCCCAGCUCUCUUCAGGUCAUUGACCAGGUCCUGCCGUGUAGUUCUGGGCUGAUCCCUCACCUUCCUCAUGAUCAUUGAUGCCCCACGAGGUGAGAUCUUGCAUGGAGCCCCAGACCGAGGGUGAUUGACCGUCAUCUUGAACUUCUUCCAUUUUCUAAUAAUUGCACCAACAGUUGUUGCCUUCUCACCAAGCUGCUUGCCUAUUGUCCUGUAGCCCAUCCCAGCCUUGUGCAGGUCUACAAUGUUAUCGCUGAUGUCCUUACACAGCUCUCUGGUCUUGGCCAUUGUUGAAAGGUUGGAGUCUGUUUGAUUGAGUGUGUGGACAGGUGUCUUUUAUACGGGUAACGAGUUCAAACAGGUGCAGUUAAUACAGGUAAUGAGUGGAGAACAGGAGGGCUUCUUAAAGAAAAACUAACAGGUCUGUGAGAGCCGGAAUUCUUAUUGGUUGGUAGGUGAUCAAAUACUUAUGUCAUGCAAUAAAAUGCAAAUUAAUUACUUAAAAAUCAUACAAUGUGAUUUUCUGGAUUCCGUCUCUCACAGUUGAAGUGUACCUAUGAUAAAAAUUACAGACCUCUACAUGCUUUGUAAGUAGGAAAACCUGCAAAAUCGGCAGUGUAUCAAAUACUUGUUCUCCCCACUGUGUGUGUGUGUAUAUAUAUAUAUAUAUAUAUGAGAUCAUGUGACAGAUCAUGUGACACUUAGAUUGCACACAGGUGGACUUUAUUUAACUAAUUAUUUGACUUCUGAAGGUAAUUGGUUGCACCAGAUCUUAUUUAGGGGCUUCAUAGCAAAGGGGGUGAAUACAUAUGCACGCACCACUUUUCCGUUAUUUUAUUUUUUAAAUUUUUGAAACAAGUUAUUUUUUUCACUUCACCAAUUUGGACUAUUUUGUGUAUGUCCAUUACAUGAAAUCCAAAUCAAAAUCCAUUUAAAUUACAGGUUGUAAUGCAACAAAAUAGGAAAACGCCAAAGGGGAUGAAUACUUUUGCAAGGCAAUGUAUGUACCUUUCUUUUAGUGCUAUCAUUAACUAAACCUAGAUGACCUUUUCCUGACCUCUCCUGACCUCUUCCUGGCCCAGAGUUUCUCCUAGUCAAGUUAAGUUGUCAAUUAAAAACUGUGGGCCCUACUUACAAUCUUGAGUUUUCUGGAAAAUAAAAUAAUGUUCUUGAAGACUAUUGAUUAUAUAUAAUGAUGUCUUACUUCUGUGUUUGUGCCCCUGUGUGCUUCCAAAGCACGACACAUGUCCAGUGUGCAGGAAAAGCUUAAGUGGACUGAACACAGCCAUGAAUCCUCCAGGUCUAUCAGGGAUGAACUUUUCCUCUUCCUCUACACCCCCGUCCUCCAGCUCAACCAGCAAUGAGAACUCAGCCAACAACUCCUAAAAAAACAUUUCCCUCCCCACACAACCCAGUGAACUGCCCCUCCUCAGCCAGUGGAUGCCAGUCUUACCCUGUCAAGGGGAGCUGAGAGCAACCACCCAGUCUCCUCCUCACCUGGAGCACUGCCUCACACUGGACCGGAGCCAGCAGAAUCCAAUUAAAUGAAAGUCAGUAUGUUUCUGCCCCACCGGAGGCUCUCCUCAAGCCUUCAGGAAUGUUGCUCCUUGCUGGGUGGAAGGAUGGAUUCGGCCCCCUGCCUGGGGAAGAUAUGGAGGAUAGGAACAUUUAGGAGGGUCACUCUGGAUAACCUCAACAUGCAACAACAGAACACAAGCCAGUUAGUCCUGCAUUCUGAGAGGGGACUGGGGGGAAGAUUUUUCUGGUCUUCUCUCACCAAGACAGCAUCCAUAUUUGUAUAGCUAAAGUCCUUAAAUGAAAACUUUCAGGAGUAAAGGAGGCUGAGAAUAGGAUGUGUACUUGGUUUGGAUUCUGCAGCUAUUGUUUCCAUGGAUUGGAAACGUCUAUCAAAUUUGAAGUGUUUUUCUCAAACAGAAAAGCGUUUACGCUUCAUACAAUGUACUUUUACAUUGAAUGAACCAACCCCCAAUCAGUUUCUUAUUGACUGAAGUUGCAUGUGCACCAUUGUUUUGCCCUUUGAAUUAAGAAACAAACUACAUUUGGCUUUGUGUUUUUUGGAGAACUGACUUGGGUGCUGGAUUGAGUCAAAGGUUACUAAAUUCCUCUUUGUAACUACAGAGGGAAAGAUCCACGAGUUAAUAACCUGCUAGACAGAUUCUAACUGACUUUUCUUAUUCGAUCAUACAUAAUCAGUAAGUUACAGUGAAUUGGUUGUUAAAAAAAAAUAUAUAUUCUAAGUGAAUUCAAUGUUUUUAUACAAUUCACAAUAGACAAUUUAAGUGAAAUAUUGAUUUGCAGAUAAUGUAAAACCCUGACCAAAACAUGAACUGAUGUGAAAAUAAAGAUGUUUGGGUGCUACCACUCAAUAUUCAAUAUAAAACUUA